CCUACCUAGUACUUACUAUAAGUAUGGCCAACACCCCUAACUUCAAUGCUCAUGAGGCAUAUUGUUUUACAAAUGUAUACGGCCCAGCUCCAUCAUGAAAUUCAAACAAGUCCUGGUUCUACUAUUAUCUUUGGCAUCUGUGGAUGCUGCUCCUCCUGUAGGACAAGAGAAAGAAUGCAGACUACACCCGGAAAAAUGCAAGUCUGAGGCAGAUAAAGCUAAGGACAACGAAACGAAAGAAAAACAGAGAAUCUGUAGACUUCCAUCCGGCACCGCGGAGCAAAGAGAAUACAUCUGGAGCGACAAAGGAGGAGGUGUCGGUAAAUUUCUGGAAGACUGGCUUAAGAAAAACGGAGAGGAGAAGUGGUUCAGCAAGAUGGACUACGAAUUCUCCCCUUCCGGCACUAAAUACCAAAACACCUGCAACACCUUGGGAGGAAGUAUAUGCUCUGGCCCAGGAGAGUGUAUGGAUUUCAAGAGGGCUGAAUUCUAUUGGAUUCGGAUGGCUGGGCAGCGAACUCAAGCUACGUUCAACUACUUGUAUACCUGGCUCCGCAUCAACACAGUCCAGGACUCGAUACUAAUUAAUAAGAUCGUCGCUGCCUUUGGCGACCCGAAGCCCAAAGACCACUCACAAAUCCCUGCCAUUUUCGCCGCUAUCCUGAUCAUAUCAGGUGGAUAUGGCGGUGCAGCUGGAUCUAAAAUGGGACCAACGUCCAUCUUUGGGGUGGGUGCUAUCAAUGUUGGUAUCAACGGCAAGGCCGUAGCCGAGAGUAAUCACAAGGCUAUCGAUUCCGAACAGACUGUUUCCGACACACUCAGCACCGUCUUCAGUCAAGGAAUGAGUGGGCUAGAAUCGACCUUAGCACUGGCCUUAGCAGGAACCUUCGCCGGGAAUAAGAAAAUGACCACCAAAGACUUGCCAGGCUCCGGAGGUUCUUACAGCAGCCCUAUCUCCAAUUUCUUUGACAAAGGACGGGCAUUGGUCGGGGAUAUUGAUACGGUCUAUAGCCCGUUAGUCAAGAAGUGGGACCAGUCCACGAAACGUGCGAUGUCCGUUGCUAUCCUCAAGGAGCAGCGCUAUUUUGUCUUCAUCAAUACAGACAUCAAGUCAUCGGCUGACUGCUUCCGUGAUGGUGCUAAACGAAUUUGGCACGGAAAUGACUGUUUGGACAUCUGGAGGUUUACGGACAAUGACAAGCUGCGCGGCGACGGAGCCCAAGGGGAAACCGUCAAUCAUAUGUUGGAGCCAGACUUUGGCGCCAUGGACUUAGGUAUCAUGUAUAACAAUGCAUUGGACUGUGCCACACAAUUUUCUAAAGGAGAUGGAAAGGUCGAUACGUCUAAGAUUAAAGACGAUGGCCAUACACCGCUCUGUUUAUAUAACUUUCCAGUGGUGAAGGGGAAGAUACAUAUAUAUGUCAGGGCCUCGGCCGAAGAGAAUCGGAUAUAG